AUGGCGUCUUCAGUUUCAUCUUCAGAGGAAAGUAAUUGGGGUCGAAGGGUAUCCGAAAAGGUUCUUUCUCUCUACGCUUCUCUUCCCAAAAAGGGCAAACCUCAAGGCCGUGAAGUCACCGUUAUCGCUGCUUUCCUUCUCUCUUCUCCUUCCAAUGACUUGAAGAUUGUUGCUAUGGGAACGGGAACAAAGUGCAUUGGGCGUUCUCUCUUGCGAACUUGUGGUGAUGUUGUUCAUGAUUCGCAUGCUGAAGUCAUUGCUCGAAGAGCUUUGAUGAGGUUCUUGUAUACACAGAUUCAACAUCUUACUGAAACUAGUAGUAAGCAUGCGCCUACCAAUGGAGGCAAACGGUUCAAACUUGAUGAUGGUAACUUGCCAUUUGAGUUGGAUACAGGGUGUCUUAAAAAAGGAAAAUAUACUUUGAGAAAGGAUUGGAAAUUACAUAUGUACAUAUCACAGUUACCAUGUGGCGAUGCUUCACUGAGUUCGCUUGUCUCUCCUUUGGAAAGUGUUCCUUUAGGAGAAAGAGAUUCAGCUUCACCUUUGGAUAACGGUUUACAACAACAUGGGAUGGUCCAGAGGAAGCCAGGUCGUGGUGAUACAACCCUGUCAGUUAGUUGCUCUGACAAGAUAGCUCGUUGGAAUGUAGUUGGUGUUCAAGGAGCAUUACUUUCCUACUUUCUUCAACCUGUAUAUCUUUCUUCAAUCACUGUUGGUCUUCCCCUUAACAGUCCUGAGAAUUUUCAUUUAGAGGAUAACUUGAAAAGAGCUUUAUAUGAACGUAUCCUGCCCAUAUCGAAUGAACUGACAUCCCCGUUUAUAGUGAACCAGCCAAUAUUUCACGCUGCACCAGUACCACCAAAGGACUUUCAGCAAUCUGAGAGUGCUGCCAACACUUUAACAUGCGGAUAUUCUAUAUGUUGGAAUGAAUGUGGCUUGCAUGAAGUCAUCCUGGGAACCACCGGAAGAAAGCAAGGCACCUCCGCAAAAGGGGCACUCUAUCCAUCCACACAGUCAUCUUUAUGCAAAAAGAGGGUGUUGGAGGGUUUCUUGUCACUGCUGAGACAGGAAAAUUUGACGAGGUCUCUGGCCAAUGGGAUUACCUACCGAGAACUUAAGGAUGGAGCUGAAGAAUAUAAUUUGGCUUCCAAAAUUUUCAAAGGGAAUCAACCUUUUAACAAGUGGCUCUUGAAGACCUUAGGUUGUGAGGCAUUCCCCAUUUCAGAAAAUUAA